AUGACAAACCUUCAUACGUUAUCAAUCGAAGAAUGCAAAACACCAUUGGACUGGCUGGUUGACGACAUCCUGGUAGUGUCAUAUCUUACCAGUUUUCAGAGUAUCUACUAUGAAGACAACUUCCCUUUCUUCCAGAAGGUGUUCACUCGCCUCAUCGCCCUUUCUGCUGAUCCUCUCAAGGAACUGACCAUUCAAUCGCCAUCUUAUGAAGUGAACCGUCUCUAUGGAAAUGGAGUUUGGGGCGGGGCGAAAAAGGCUAUCGGGGACCUCCUUAAAGAGAGGCUAGAACGUUUCGGGAAGAAAUUGAAGAUCGAAUGGGUGAACAAGAAUCCUGGCUGGGGUGAUGGUGUCGGCUGAGAUUCAGAAUGUACCACUUUUUGAUCAGAAUAUUAAAGGGCAGCCAUUUAAUAUUUAUUCAUCGGUGAACAAGUGACUAGUACUGCAUUGUUUAAGGUCGAAACAUGAUUUGUGAAUGUUCACAUCAACUACUUAAACUAAUCUGCAAUGUACUUAGUUUAUAAAUGGCAUCAGUCUGCUAGC